AUGAUAAGCACACAGCUUAUGCAUCCAACCCCGUGGCACCCAGCCUAUAACAUCGGAGAACCUUCCUGGUUCAAGUCCGGGGUUGAAAUCCGCUUCGGUAUGAUGCCGCGUCAAACAUAUGUGUCUUGCAGUCAUAUUCAUGCCUAUGAUAAACAACAAGUGGUACUUCAGAACACUCGGUGCUACCAUCUAGCACAAGAAAGCUUGUCAUGGAAUGAUGCCGCCGUCAGGUGUCGGACCAAUAACGGCGCUCUUGCCAGCAUUCCUGAUACGGAAGUUAAUAGUGUCCUCCUGGAACUCUCUACUAAUUUGGACUACAAUAACCUGGCAAAUGUAUCGUUCUAUUGGAUCGGUGGAAGAGUGCUUUCCAGGGGAAAAGGCGUUACAUGGUUACAGGAUCCAGGUACUAAAUUCGUGGCAUUUAAUGACGGCGAACCUCAGGGAUUCAAUGAAUUUGGCUGUUUCUUGUUGGACCCAGGGACAGGAGGAUGGGCCACAGACAUUUGUCAGGCAGAACUGGAACUUGUCGGUUACAUAUGUGAAUACCCUAGUAAGGAGAAAGGAGACAAAAUUUGCUGUAAAACGUUUAAAGAGAGUUUAACUGUGAUAAGUUACUGCGCGACUGAAAAUAUGGCAGAUGCAUAUGAUUGUCGUUGUUGA